AUGUUUCCUCUGGGUGUGCGAAGUCGACAUAAUAGGAGAGGUGAAAAACCAUUAAUUGGACCUGGUUCAUUCAUCCCGAAUCUACUUGGAGAGAUGCCGGACAAUAGACAACCGGCGAGACCCAACACAGAAAACACUUGGAAUUCCGGCCAACAAACAGCAGGCGGCACUGGAGCACCACAACAGAAUCCCGUUCAACAACAAGUACCGGCUACGAAGCCCACACCGUCAAAGAACACUUUCAGUACAAACGUACCGGAUCAUACAAUAGGCUUUCACCAAUUGUACCCGCCGGGCGAGGGAGGUGGGCAUGAUGCCCAAGUGGAUAUUAUUGCGAUACAUGGACUUGCCGAAAAUGCGUACUCAGCCUGGACAGAAACGAAGUCUGACAAACUCUGGCUUCGCGACUUCCUUCCACAGUACCUUCUGAGUCGCCACAACAUAAAGUCUCGUGUUAUGACCUUUGGGUAUCAAUCAGGCGUAUUCACGCAAAACGCGUACGAGAAUAGUGGCAGACUGCAUACCUUUUCAGAGCAACUCCUGAACCAUCUUGCGGACUCGGACCGCACCUCGCCUGACGGGUCCUAUCGUCCAAUCUUGUUCAUUUGCCAUUCACUUGGUGGGCUCGUGAUCAAAGCGUCCUUAAACCUGGCCUUCAGCAAAUCAUAUCAGUACCCUGGAAUAGUGGAUAGUACCAAAUCCAUAAUGUUUCUAGGAACUCCCCACGCAGGAGGCGACUUGGCGGUGUGGGCCGGUCUCCUUGGGAGACUAUCAGCCGGUCUACAAUUAAAUGCAAGGUCUUCGGACGACUUCAAGACAUGGUCCGGCACGCUCAUGGAUCUUGCUACAAACUUUGUUGACAGGGCUCCGAGGUUAAAGAUCACAACAUUCUUCGAGACCAAGGCUUUAGGUGAUCAUAUAAUUGUCGACGAAGGAUCUGCCCGGAUGAAUCUCCAAAACGAAAGAACUGUCCCCCUUGAUGGCGAUCACCUAAGCAUUUGCAAGUUCGCGACGAUGAAUGAGAAUGCCGCAAGUACAGUGCUGAAGAGGAUUGCGAGAACAGUGGAAGAAAUUUUUAAAGAAGCCGCGGCAGAAAAGGCGGCGGCAGAAAAGGCCGCGGAAGAAAAGGCCACGGAAGAAAAGGGCCACAGACAGGUCGCAGAAUUACCUGCGACUCCUCUCUAG